AUGUCAUCUUCAGCAUCUACCCUCGCUGCUGAGCCGAAGCGCAAGGGAACACUAGCGUGUGUCGUCCUCAAGGCGAAAAACCUGCCGAACAAGCGCUCCAUUGGCAAGCAAGAUCCAUUUGCUGUUCUCUCUAUCGGGGAAGAGAAGCAGAGGACAAAGCCGGACAAGCGGGGUGGGCAGCAUCCCAAUUGGGACGAGCAGCUCCACUUCGAGAUCUACGAUGAUGCGGAAGAUGUGAUCACUGAAAGCGACUCAACAGGGGCCAAAUCGGGAGCAUCCUCCUCUUCAUCGGUGGUCAAGAAACCAACCAAGAAAAUGUUGAAGGUGGCUUGCUAUGCAGACGAUAGCAAAGAGCCGGAUUUUAUCGCGGAAGGGCUCGUGGAUCUGACAGACGUACUCAAGACUGGCGAAUUCGAUGAAUGGGUCACCAUCAGACACAAGGAUCGGUAUUGUGGGGAAGUGUACCUAGAGCUGACCUUCUUCUCGGCAGCUCCACGGCCCAAGAAGACCAAG